GCAGUGGGGAGGAAAAGGCCCAAGGAUCCCCUCGCAGGAGGGGCUCCAAAGCCAGCCCAGGGUGCUCUGAGGAGGAAAGACCCAGCCUGUGCUGGGAAGGUGGCCGGAGCUUGAGGUGGAGCUGUGAGCUGGUGGUCCCUGAGCAUCCUCCCAGCACGGAGAAACCCUUGAGGUGCUUGGAAUGUGGGAAGAGCUUCAGGAAGAGCACCAACCUCCUCAAGCACCAGCACAUCCACACUGGGGAACGUCCCUACACUUGUAGGGAAUGUGGGAAGAGCUUCAGGCAGAGCUCCCACCUGAUCCGACACCAGCGCAUCCACACUGGGGAACGACCCUAUUUGUGUGGGGAAUGUGGGAAGAGCUUCAGUGACAGCUCCAGCCUCCACACCCACCAGCUCAUUCACACUGGGGAACGACCCUUCCGCUGCUCCGACUGCGGGAAGGGCUUCAAGCAGAUCUCUCACCUCAUCACCCACCGGCGCAUCCACACCGGGGAGAGGCCCUACAAGUGUGGGGAGUGUGGGAAGAGCUUCACCCAGAGCUCUAAGUUGACCAGACACCAACGGACCCAGCAGUAAGAGAAGCCCUAAAAAUGCCCCGACUGCAGGAAGAGCUUCGGCCGCUGCUUCCAC